CUCUGGGGCAGUCGGUCUCUGUAUACUCGCUUGUUUUUUACACUUAUGGAUUGUUCUAAAAAUUAUAAAAAAUUUAAUAAAUUGUGUAAAAGAAAUAGAAAAAAAUUAAACUAAAUUUUAAUAGUUUUAAGUAAAUUUUUUUAAUAAAUUACCAAAAAAAAAUCAAACAACACAACAUAUAAUUACAAGAAAAUUCCAAAAUCACAGAAAUAAUUGGAGUAACAAAAAAAGUAAACAAAAAUUUAGGGAAAAAAAUGUGUAUUAAAGAAAAGUGUUUUGGAAAAUAUUUUAGUGCAUAAACAAAAAUUUACAAAAGAAUUAACAAUGUAUAACAAAAAUGUCUAAGUUUACUUGAUAUAAACUAAUGAAAAGUUACAAAAAAAAAAGAGUUGAUCAUUAUAACAAAAUUAUACAAAUUAAACAUUUAAAAGGAAAUAUAUUACAUCAACAACAACAUAUGUCUCUAUUACUGAAAACCUAUUGGCUGUUGAAAUUAGUUUAGAAAGAAAUCUAGUGUAAAAUGUUGCAUGUUAGUGUUGUUGAAAAUCAUGAUGAUGAAGGUUGUUCAGCUACAGCGAUAAUGUCAGCAAGAACAGCGGAACAAAGAAAUAUUAGAAUUAUUGCAAUAACAACAACGGCAACAACGAUGAAAUAUCAUUAAAUCAAAUGAAAUUAAGGUGACAAAGUGUGAUUUAUUGUUAAUGAGGAUAUAGACGGUUAUUUCAAGCAUACAUUACCAACAACAACAGCAGAAGCAGCUAAUUCAAUAAUAUUAAGAAUGCUUAAAAAUCAUAAACACACAGCUGUAAUUUCAACCAAGUCCAACAAUACCACGAAGGCAUCAUUAUUACUAAAGCGAAAGACAACCUAAACAUACGUGAAAAGUGUGCAAAAUUAGCAACAGUUUUCAUAAAGGGGAUUCAACAUAUUGUUUGAAGUAAAAAGUAACGUUUUCCUUUUCCCUCUACUUCCUUGGAAAAUAUACUUGUUAUUAAAAUAAAAACAAAAUUCAUGCAUGAUUAAACUCAACAACUGGACUGUAAUAAAAUAAUUAAAAAUAUCCUUUGUUGCAUAAAAAAAGGAAUAAACAACAACACAAACACACGGCCUUUAUUUGAAGUAAAACAAAGAAAAAGGAUAAAAAAACAUUGAGCACUCUUUCAUUAUCCCCAGACUCACACCUACGCCUACACAUACUACAAACACACAUGAGUUACACAUAUACUUAAUAAAUUCUCACAUACUCACACAGACAGACGUAAAUUAUACACACACCUACAUAUGUAUGUAUGUGUUUAUGACAUGUAGACAAUACUAAACCCUCAAUGUAUGAGUGAGUAAAAAACCCUACAUUUCAAUAACUUAGAAAAAAAGAGUGCCUAUCUGAAAGGAGUUGUAUAAAUAAAAACAACAAUAGAAAGGUGUGGAUGUGUGUAAAAACAUAAAAAAAUAUAACUGAGCUGUCACACUAAAUAUAACUUUUAGAAACACUUUUUUAUAUUAAUAAACGUAUAUAUAUAUGUAUAUGUAUCUAGAUAAAAAUACAUCUGCAUAAGCAAACAAAGAUACUAAAUUCUAAAAAUACUAACCAACAGUAAAACAACAACAACAACAGCCAAGUCCAGGGAUACUUAAACAAAAGCAACAAUUCAAAUCAAACAAAAGUGAGAAUAUUUAAUACCUCCACACCACUCCAUUCUAAUUCUAAUUCUAAACACAACAACAUAAAUUCUCUUCAUUGAAAACAGCAGGAAAAAAACAACAACAACAAAAUUAAAACGUUAAUACUUGCAUCUCCACUUAAUUAGAAACUAGUAUCUAAAAAAAGACUACAACAGUUAAAUCAGAAAAAUAAAUAGAAAUUUAAACUGAAAAAUAGAACAAUGUUUCCAAACAAUAAAAAUCAUCUACACAAUGAUAAGGUUGUUGUUGUUUUUACAUAGUUUCCAUGUAAAUAAGUAGAACAACUAGAGAACAGAAAAAAGCAACUCAACGACAACAAUAAAAACAACAACUAGGUGCAAGAAAACAAACGCAAGACUAAGACUAUUGCACUCACUACAUAGAAAACAACAACAGAAGCAACUACCAACUACAACUAGAGCAUAAUUAUUUUUUUAAGGACAUAUCACCAUUAAAAGCAUCCGACGCUUAUAAAACAACAACAACUACAGCAACAGCCGUUACAACAGCUUCAACAACAACAACAAAAGAAAACUACUUUUUUUUUAAAACAGCAUCACUUUUUUGUUGUUGUUGUUCCAAACAAAUCAUACGUCUCCUCUACGUAGAUACAUUCACAUUUACCAGCCCUCCAGCUCAUCUACACAACUACAACAAACCACUACCACCAUGAGUGAUUCAAUGUUGUAUCGUAAAUUUGAUACAUUUAUGCCCAGGUCACGAAUUAUAACCCUGUGGCUGGCCUUCAAUCUGGCGAUGUUUCUACAGGAACCAAAGAAACAAAUUACCACAGUUAAUGCAGCAACCGCUGGCGGUAGUAUGCUGGGCGAUGUAAAUAUAUCUGCUAUAUUGGAUUCCUUUAGUGUCAGUUAUGACAAAAGAGUAAGACCCAACUAUGGUGGACCUCCUGUCGAAGUUGGUGUCACCAUGUAUGUGCUAUCGAUCAGCUCGCUAUCAGAAGUUAAAAUGGACUUUACAUUGGAUUUUUACUUUCGUCAAUUUUGGACCGAUCCUCGUUUAGCGUAUAGAAAACGACCUGGUGUAGAAACACUAUCGGUUGGAUCAGAGUUCAUUAAAAAUAUCUGGGUACCUGACACCUUUUUCGUAAAUGAAAAACAAUCAUAUUUUCAUAUUGCCACAACCAGCAAUGAAUUCAUACGUGUUCACCAUUCUGGAUCAAUAACAAGAAGUAUUAGAUUGACUAUUACUGCAUCAUGUCCUAUGAAUCUACAAUACUUUCCUAUGGAUCGCCAAUUGUGUCACAUCGAAAUUGAAAGUUUCGGCUAUACGAUGCGUGAUAUACGUUAUAAAUGGAAUGAAGGACCAAACUCGGUUGGUGUCUCGAAUGAGGUUUCGCUACCACAAUUUAAGGUCUUGGGCCAUCGUCAGAGAGCUAUGGAAAUCAGUCUUACCACAGGAAACUAUUCUCGUUUGGCAUGCGAGAUACAAUUUGUGCGUUCGAUGGGUUAUUAUCUUAUACAAAUUUAUAUACCCUCUGGACUGAUCGUUAUUAUAUCAUGGGUAUCAUUUUGGCUUAAUCGUAAUGCUACGCCUGCUCGAGUAGCUUUAGGUGUCACUACUGUGUUGACAAUGACAACGUUGAUGUCGUCAACAAAUGCUGCGCUGCCAAAAAUUUCAUACGUUAAAUCGAUUGACGUUUAUCUGGGAACAUGUUUCGUGAUGGUCUUUGCCAGUUUAUUGGAAUAUGCCACCGUCGGCUAUAUGGCAAAACGAAUUCAAAUGCGAAAACAAAGAUUUAUGACGAUUCAGAAGAUGGCUGAGCAAAAAAAGCAACAACAACUUGAUGGGGUGCAACAGCCCCCCAAUCCCAAUCCGAAUACGGGGGUGGAUCAUGGUGGACAUGGGCAUGGUCAUGGCCAUCACAGCCAUGGUCAUCCUCAUGUACCCAAACAAACAGUGAGUAACCGCCCAAUUGGCUUUCAAAAUAUCCAACAAAAUGUUGGUGCGCGCGGUUGCUCGAUAGUGGGACCCUUGUUCCAGGAGGUGAGAUUCAAAGUGCACGAUCCCAAGGCCCAUUCCAAGGGAGGAACGCUAGAGAAUACGGUUAAUGGUGGACGAGGAGGACCGCCAGUAGGACCCCAUGGCCCCGGACCCCAGGGUGGUGGCGGUGGAGGAGGCCCACCAGGCGGUGGUGGUGGAGGAGGCGGAGGAGGAGCACCGCCCGAAGGUGGUGAUGCUGAGGCUGCCGUACCAGCACACUUAUUACACCCGGGCAAGGUAAAAAAAGUAAUUUUAUGUCUACACUUUCUUACCCCCUUAACAAUAGAGACUAAUGUUAAUUUUUCUCUCUUUUUGUAUAUUUAUCUUUACGUUACCAUUUCAAUUCCAAACUCCCAAAAAAAAAAAAACAUUCCCACACACGCCAUCCAUUUAUUUGUGAACGUUUAUUAUUUGUUUUCCUAUAAAAAAAAUCUAGGACAUAAAUAAGCUGUUGGGUAUAACGCCCUCCGAUAUUGAUAAAUAUUCGCGCAUAGUAUUUCCGGUGUGUUUUGUAUGUUUCAAUCUUAUGUACUGGAUUAUUUAUCUACAUGUCAGCGAUGUGGUAGCCGAUGAUUUGGUCUUAUUGGGUGAAGAGUAAGGAGUUUAAUAAACACAUCAGAACAACAAGAAACUUCAGCAAAAACAACAAGCAAGAAGCAGCUCAUUUAAAUCAGUUACUACUACAUCAACCGAAAAACAUACUGACACACACACACACCGAGACACAGUCAUUUGCUCUUUUUAUAAAAGCAAAACGAAGGAAACGGAUAUACACAAACACAAGCAUUAGUUGUAGUUAAAUGAAAUUUAAUACAUAUUAAAUAUAAUUUUAGACAAAAUUAAAUUAAUUAUAAUUUAUUAUUUAAAUAUAAACAAACAAAAAAACAAGAAAGGAAAAAAUUAAAAAAUAUAUAAAAAACAAACAAAAAACACUUGUUAAUUACCAGAGUUAAAACAAACAAAAAGAA